UGCAGCCAGGAAUCAUGUUUCCAGACAUUUAAAUGUGCCUGAUUUCAACUCCGGGGAAAUACAUAAAGCAGUUUUGCCUGUGAAUGCUUAAAGGGUUAGUUCACCCAAAAAUGAAAAUUCUGUCAUUAAUUACUCACCCUCAUGUCGUUCCACACCCGUAAGACCUUCGUUCAUCUUCAGAACACAAAUUAAGAUAUUUUUAAUGAAAUCUGAUGGCUCAGUGAGGCCUGCAUUGAAAGCAAGUUAACUUAGACUUUCAAACGCCCAGAAAGGUACCAAAAACAUAUUUAAAACAGUUCAUAUGACUACAGUGGUUCAACCUUAAUGUUAUGAAGCCACGAGAAUACUUUUUGUGUACAAAAAAAACAAAAUAACGACUUUAUUCAACAAUCUCUAGUGAUGGGUGAUUUCAAAACACAGUUUCAUGAAGCUUCAAAGCUUUACGAAUCAUUUGUUUUGAAUCAGUGGUUCGGAGGAAUGCCAAAGUCACGUGAACCAUUGAAUUUUCGAAACACUUAUGAUGUAACGAAGCCUCGUUUACUGAAAUCACUUGACUUUGGCACUCUGAACCAUUGAUUCGAAACAAAAGAUUCGUAAAGCUUCGAAGUAAAUCCAGUAUAGGUAGGUCUAAAUCCCGGUGAUCACUUAUAUCAAUGUUAUAUCAUCCAGUCUUAAAACUUGUAUAGUUUUGUCAGUGUUUAUUUAAAAACACCAAAUUAUGCAGAAUAUAAGAUGGUAAAUAUUUAAUUGAUGAGUUGUCAAUACAAUAUAUAAAAAUACAACAUAUAGGGUAUGAUUUUUACCCCAAAAAGCAUAUUUACAAAAUUAUAACUGCAAAUCCUCAUUUCGCUGUCUGGAGUCCAGUUGUUUCUGUGAAUUGACCCUUCGACAGGAGUUUGAUUGACAAGCGAUCUAACCAAUCAUAACGCCGAAUCCACCGUUUUGUCCGACAAAGCAGUCAGGAGUUUGAAGAUUAACCUCGGUGGACUUGAACUUGAAAAAUGGUGUGUUUGAAACAACAUUCCUUCUGAUGUUCAUCCGUGUUUAUUUGAUGCCAUGAAUUAACUAGUAGGAAGAGAUGGUCGGUUCACGAGCCGCUUGAGCUGAGGCGCUACAGCAAUCUGUCACAACACAAAACGGUUUUUAUUGUUCGAAUUUCUUAAAUUACACAAUUUGAAAGCUGGGACUUUGUAUAAUAUCAUAAGUAACCUGCUCUGUCUUGUCUGUCGACGUGUUGUCAGUGUCCUCUUUGCUCCGAUGUAUUUUUCACUCUGUGUGGCGUGACCGCGCCAUGGCUUGUCGGACAAAGCAACAGUAACUAAGGGGGCCGGGUCUUUGCGACGGGUUAAUUGCAGCAAUCCUCUUUAGCUUUCGGCAGUCUGUAAAAAUAUACCUCAGGUUUCUUGUCAAACCUAUUUGUACAGUCAGUCGCACAGCUCUUUCCCAUUUUGGAUGUGUUUUGUGUGUUUCUCGUGGCAUUCACACUGAAAACCAAUGCUGCCACUCAGUCUUUGUGCCACUCAGUGGGCAUAACCGCAGUCACUCCGGCCGACGGGGACGUCACGUGCGUACUCUCUUUACAUAGCGCAGGUAAUGUUUAUAUGGUUGCCAACAAAUGGCUCGCUACAUUCUAUUCAGAAUAUUCCAUCGCAUAUUGACUAAAUAUCUUCUGUACAUUUUGGCUUUUCCCCAAGAAACAGGCAAGAACGAACCUGCCGUCCUCCAUGAUUCCUAUUCUUUAAGACAGUAAAGCACUUGAACACAACAAACUUGUAAUUACAGCUUCAUAAGUGGGAAGUAGGACAUUUCCGAUAGCACAAGAAGGCAGCGUAAAUCAGAAUACAGCCAUAAUCGCGAUCUCAGUUACAUUUGUGAUUAAUUAUGCAGCACUACUCUCAGCUAUAAAUACAAGUGAAGUUCAGUUUAAAAUCUGUUCUGUAGAUCUAUUCUCCAAAAAACAUGUAAUAGAUUCAGUCUGGGAUGCUCUGGAAAAUGACACAUCUGUUGUUAUUGCAGUGUUCUUGGACUCAUAAUGGACCUUCAGCCCAUCAUACCUGUUGAAGCACAUCUUUGCUGCACGUAUUAUCCAUUCAGUACACGUUUUGAGUCAUCCAUCAGAUAAAGGCUGUUAAUCUGAAGUUAGUAAAAGACUGGUAGAUAAUCACACAUUGAGAGAUUAAUUACCCCUCUGCAUUUGUGCUCUCACAGUUAUAAAAGCACGUAUGUGCAUCUGAUUAAAGAAACGUCUCAUGGGUUUCAGAUUUUAAUAAUCAGUUUCCCCUCAGCCGAGUUCAGAAAACAACCCCAGAUCUAAAGUUGCACUUCAACAUUGUGUGUUGUGGACUGUAAUGCGGUUUGGCGCAGUCCUCCCACAUAUGAGAUGGCGGGUGUUCGGUCAUAUUUAGCUGGAAGGGCUGCUGUAAUAUUGAUAAGGAGUCGUAUCACGAUUGUUUGUGAACCUGAACAUGGCGUACACUCCGGAUCCGCUGCCGGCCUCCGUGUCGGAGCUGUCCUGAGGUUGUAUUAUGGUGUGCAUGUGUGUGGUUUUGGUUUUUUUUUUGUUUUUUUUUCUUGAGAGAUUUGAAGAGCUAUUUAUAGACGCCUGCUGGAGCAGGAGCAUGUGCUGCGCCUCCCUCCCUCCCGCUCGCUCAUCUUUGCCUCCCAGAUCCAUGAUGCUAUUAGAUUCUCCUUCCUCAUCUCACACCUUUCUUCCUCUAAUUCCUGCUUUUUCUUUUCAUCUGUUGUUCUGUCCUCGUUUUCUGUUUCCUCUGCUCUCUGCUUUUCCUCGCUGCUUUCGGCACGACCACCCCUCCCUCCUUCCCUGUGGAUUUCUGCUUGUGAAUUAUUAAUGGUUGCUGGAUGGCAGUGACUGGGGGCAACACUAAGAUUCGGAGCUCUUACGGAGGAUAACCGUCAGUUAUCUGCCUUGAGAUAGGACAGGGAAUGAGACAUGACCGUAGACAGACAGGGACACCACCAUGUUUCAUUGACGCUGUGUGUGUGUGUGUGUGUGCGCAGAACUACACGCUUUCAAAAACCAGUCGGUCUUAAAUAGUGAUACACCAAAAUAAAUUUUUACCAAAAUUAAAGUUUGGGUACUGUUUUUAUUUUUUUCCGGAAUACAAGUCACAUUUGAAAUGUGCUGCACCUAAAACCCAAAGUAUAAUUCGGUCAUCUGCGCACCGUCCGCAUGACAUAAUUUUCAUCAUCAGGAGGGUCCAUGGACGUCCGCACACUCCGUCCGCGUGCAUCCCAAUUUUUGAUACCGCAUGGGCGGUCCGCGUACAACAGCGCAAGUGACUUGAGUGCUUGAAAACGGCAGUCGACUAGAUGCCUAGUGCGCCCUCUCCGAACGCGUCUUUCCACGCUCACGGCCAAAGGAGUAUACUUUGAGCGGCUUCAUUUAGGCUCGGAGUUUAUGUUGUUCAUAAUGAAUGGCACUCUUAUUUAUUAGGGCCCUAUGAUUUCCGUGAUGCAGAAAAUGCGGAAUCCAGUCUAAAAACUAAAUUUACUGUAUAACGUUUAAUGUCACGGAAUUUGUCAAAUUUUUGAUGACUAAAUCCAAAGUAGGUCAGUACGCUUAAAUGAAAUUGUUAUAUAGACUGGUGUCUGUGAAUAUUAAACCACAAAAAGACUAUUUAAAUAUGAAUCUGCAUGUGAAUGAAUGGCGCAGACGCAAAUUUUAACAGUAAAGCUCUGCUGUGCAGCACUUUCUUUGCCAAAAAAGUUCGUAUGAUUAAAAGAUAAAUUAAAUAAAUGUUUUAUGCCUUCGAUUGCCAUAAAAAUAACAAAAUAAAGUACACAACAGAAUUUCUGAAAAAACAAAACAUUUCAUGGAUAUGAUUUAAAAAAAAAAAAAAAAAAUUAAUAUAUUUUGUUAGUUUUAUGAUUUCAAUUAAUUUAGACAUGGUUUUUGAUUACAAAAAUUUAAUUCAACAAUUAAAAUGGAGUCCAAAAAAAAAAAAAAGUGCGGAGCUUUAACAGCUCGCGCUUCGGUCGCUCAACAACAACAAAGCUGGAGAAUCUCACGCAGCCAAAAUGAGGAUUGUCAGUAACGGUGUUCAGCCUUACAUUGUUCAAACCGGAGUCGACACUGAUGGAGAGACUCAGGAAGAAGUUACAACUUUUAGACGUUUCUGAAUGGUUAGUGGAUAAAUUUAUGUAGUUGCUGUGGAGUUGAUUCAACUCAUCCACUAGCAUGUGCCGUCAUGUUAUCUGUGUUUUUUUUCUCUCUCUCUCAACAAUUCAAAUUUGACCCAGAACGACUUAUAGUGAGAUGUGACUUAUUUUCCAGAAAAUAUGGUAAUUAAAUUUAGGCAAGUGUCGGUGAUGUAUUAAACCAUUCAUAGUAAAGUUUGUUGGAAACGAGCCAAAAUGCAUCAUCGGAGAAGCACUAAUUAAACAUCACUGUUUUUCGUCAAUGAUUUCGGCACUUCAAAACUAAUUUAGAAAAUUCAAAAUUUUGGUGCAUUUUUAGUUUUAAAAGAAUAGUUCAGCCUCAAAUUUGCCCUCAUGUCAUUCCAAGCUGUUGUUUUGUUUGUUGGAGCACAACAGGUGAACUUUAGAAGAUCUUCAUGCAGAUCUUUUCCAUACAGCAACAGUUUGUAGUCUGCCAAGCUCAAAAACAAGGCAAAGAAACACAGUAAACACCAUAAAAGUGUCUGUAAUCCAGACAGGCUUUCACAGAUGUGGUCACGGUAAACUUUUGUGCUGAAAGUGCUAUGCAAAAAUUCUUUAAAAAAUUAAUGAGGAUGAGUAAAUAAUGACACAAACUCUUCAGUACGAGGUGAGCGCUGGAAGGGUUGUUUCCAACAGUAAUGUCUGUCCUCUUUCUGGAGAUGGACAGUAAAAGCAACAGAGACAGACAGCACAAAUACGCACGCACAUCUCCAGUUUCUAUUGAUCUGCAAUAAAGCACUACGCUCUCCAGGAUUUUCUUCCCAGCUGGUUUUGCUUCGAUGCACAGAUUUCGCAUCAGGUGGUGACCCACAUAACACAUUGUCAUAAGCUGUUGACUCUUGUAAAGUUGGACUCGUGGCUGAUUGAUAAAUGAGCAUUUUCCUCAUCUUCUGUAGGUUUGCAGUUGGUUGUAGCAUCUAUUAUGCCUCCUUCUUUCACAAGAUGUAAUAUAAGUGUCUGGUGUCUCCAGAAUGUGUCUGUGAAGUUUCAGCUCAAAAUACCCCACAGAUCAUUUAUUAUAACUUGUUAAAUUUGCCCCUAUUUGGGUGUGAGCAAAAACACGCCGUUUUUGUGUGUGUCCCUUUAAAUGCAAAUGAGCUGCUGCUCCCGCCCCCUUUCCAGAAGAGGGCGGAGCUUUAACAGCUCACGCUUCGGUCGCUCAACAACAACAAAGCUGGAGAAUCUCACGCAGCCAAAAUGAGGAUUGUCAGUAACGGUGUUCAGCCUUACAUUGUUCAAACCGGAGUCGACACUGAUGGAGAGACUCAGGAAGAAGUUACAACUUUUAGAUGUUUCUGAAUGGUACACGGCUUGGAGAAACAAGUGGGCAAAUCUCUGGAUUACCUGGAGCAGGGACCGUCCGGCACAGUCUUCAAGAGCCUCCCACACGGAGCAGGAGGUGUCAAACCUCCGUACCAAACCUCCAGGAUAUUCUCCACAAUGGACCACACGCCCGUCAAACCCAAACCGCCCACCUUCAGCUUCCAGAACCCGUACGAAUGGGUCCGAAACCAGUCGCAGCUCCUGGACCAAACAGGCUACCGACCCAAGCGCAAACCUUCCCUCAAAACCUCCAUGAAGACUAAAAAGAUCUUCGGCUGGGGCGACUUCUACUUCAACGUCAAGACGCUCAAGUUCAGCCUGCUGGUGACCGGCAAGAUCGUGGACCACGUCAACGGGACGUUCACCGUCUACUUCCGCCACAACUCCUCCAGUCUCGGGAACGUGUCGGUCAGCAUCGUUCCUCCGACCAAGGUGGUGGAGUUCGAGGUUCUCCAGCAGCAGAACCCGCUUCACCCGGAGAUCCAGUUCCACCCGCCGCAGCAGUCCACCAUCGACCCCAAAGACAUCAAAACCUUCAACUGUCGCGUGGAGUACGAGAAGACGGACCGCUCCAAGAAGCCCAAACCCUGCCUGUACGACCCGUCGCAGACCUGCUUCACCGAGAACACCCAGUCGCACUCGUCCUGGCUCUGCGCCAAACCCUUCAAAGUCAUCUGCAUCUUCAUCUCCUUCUUCAGCAUCGAUUACAAGCUGGUGCAGAAGGUCUGUCCGGACUACAACUUUCAGAGCGAACAUCCAUACCUUGGAUGAAGCAGAUGUGCUGACGUGUUUGUGUUUCCCGGGACUCGAUGUUGAUUUUUUUGGAUCUAAGUUUUCUUUGUAUAUAGAACGAACAGCCCUAAUCCGUUCAGCUCUUGAUAUUGAUUUAUUGCUUUCGUCCGUUUCUGUCUGUCGACUGUUAGACCAACAGGGAACGUGUUGUUUUUCUACCGAUCCCGCGUAUGUAUUUCACAAGGAGAUUACGGAGAAAAAUGAUGUUCUUCCUCAGUGUUACUCUCUUGUUUUCCAGCACAAAUAUCUAAACAUUCUUAAAUCAAGAAACAUUUACUGGAGAAGCAAAAUGACCCUCUGGUGUUGUUCGCUCAUUUUAGACCCAAAUAUUUUUUUAAUUUUUAAACAUCGCUACUUCAUCAGAAUGGUACGAAACUCUGUGACUUUUAUGGCAGUCGCUAUGUAACCACAAAAAAAAUGUGUGGACUUGAUUCGAAAAAGCUUAAUGGUCAUAAAAAUAGUCACACUUGUGUUGUUCACGGUCAAAAAUGACCGCCAUAGCAAAUGAAUGGGAAAUAGGCAAAAAUAUGAAAAUACAGAGAAUUUUUUGUGUGUACAGUGUAUAAAUCAGUCACAAAUGGACAGCAAGGAAGAGGAUACACUCUAAAACAUCAAGAGUACAAAACAGACACACACACUCAAAGACAGUAUAUCAGCCACCAUAUCGGUAUCAGCCGAUAUAUGUUCGUUUUUUUAUUGUUUUCAUUAUCGGCCAGAUAAGAAAAUGUAGCCGAUAUAUUAAAUCCGAUAAAUAAUGGAUUAUUUCCUUCAGCUGAGACGCCUCAGAUGCGCACUGUUCGCCAUGAUGGUUAUGAAUUUCUUGAAAUAUGAUUUAAAUCACUUCAGAAAGGAAAAUACAGUUAAGUGUAACAUCUGCCAUAUAGGCUACAUAAAAUUACAUUUAUUUUGGGACAACUCUUUUAAUGGUGAGACUUUUGUUUUUGUAACCAGGCACUCAAAAAUUAUAUAAAAAUUUGGAUUUAGCCAAAAUAUCGUAUAUCGGCUUUCAAAUAUAAAGAAUUAUCGGUUAUCGGUAUCGGCCAAAAUUCUCAUAUCUGUAACAAUGUAUCAAAAUUGAGCCAGAAGACUCAAUUAGGAGGUGAAAUCAGGUUGAUUAAGCUCUGAUAAAGCAUUGAAUUUUUGAAUUUUGAUGUUAUAUGUAACAAAAUGUCUUUUUGUGUUCAGGUUUGACUUGUAAAAUGAAUGCAAAAACUGACACUUCAAAUCAACAUUUCAAACAAAAAGUCUAAACCUUGACAAAAAGUAGUCUUUGAGAAUGUCUAAAUGUAUAUCUAAAUCCACAACUUAAUAAAAAUAAGUAUUUAUGUCUAAAAACAACCAGAGAAGUCUUUUUAUAUAGAGCUAUACAGGCAUCUAGUGGUUACACUACAGCAUUACAGAUGUUUUUCUUUUUUUAUUCCCACCAGAUGGCACUAAUCUGCCUUCAAAAAUUUAAUUUUAAAGGCAUUGGGCCCUAUUUUAACAAACUAAACUCAUGGUCUGAAGCGCACGCCGCAAGUGCACUUAGGGCAUGUCCGAAUCCACUUUUGCUAGUUUAAUGACGGGAAAAAUGGUCAUCGCGCCCGGCACAUGGUCUAAAAGGGUUGUACCUAGUCUCUUAAUGAGUCAUGGAUGUGUUUUGGGCAUAACAUGUAAUAAACCAAUCAGAGUCUCAGAGUUCCCUUUAAAAGCCUCGCACCAUGGCGGAAUUUCCAAGCGGAAAAACUAAACGCUUCUCUAGCGAGGAAACGGAUCUGCUCUUGCGCAAGGUUAACGCGCACAAGCAGACCAUCUACGAGAAGAGCCGAUUCCGCCAAAGCAUUUUUAUCUUUAUGUACACAAUAAUAAUCUUUUACAUUGUAAUCCUUUUAUUUUUAACAUUUGGCAUGUUUGUGUGCUGCUGCGCGUCCCUGUGUGUGUAACAAGCAGAGUGUACGUGUGCAUAUUACUAAUGCGCCCUUUAAAUAACAAAAAAAAUACUGCACCUUUAGAGCAGGUUUCAGUUGGUCAAUGGCACAGUCGUUUUCAGUUCCUCAAAAUAGCAACACGCCAACAAUGCACCUGAACACACCUCGGUUUCAGACCAGCAUGCCCAUGGGCGAACAGAUGGGUGCAAAUGCAUUUGCUAUUUAAACAACGUGGCGCAGGACGUGAAAAUGAUAACUGUGUCGGGUUGAAACUAGCAAAAAACACUUGUGUCGCAUUGCGCCGGGUGUAUGAUAGGGCCGAUUGUCUCUAUUUUAACAUGAAAUAUGGCAUUAACUGAAAAGUAAUUUAAAAAAUGGGAAAAAAAGUAUCAUAAUUGUUGCAUAAAUAUUAAUUAGCCAUGAAAUUAUCUCAAAAUACAAAAGAAAAAAUAUUAUUGAACAAAAAUAUAUUACAUUAAUUUUACUAAAAAUAAAAAAAAAGUUACAUUUCAGGUGUUUUGUCACUUUUGACCGCAAACAACUUUUUUUUUUUUUUUUUUUUGAUAUUUGGAUACUUGUUCUUGUUCAGAUAUUUGUACUGGAAAACAAGACAAAAAUACUGAGGAAGAACAUAAUUUUUUUGCAGUGUAGAAGAACGUCAGGCGUUUGAUGCCGAGACAAAAACCAGCUACUUUUCAUUGGUUUCAAUUGACAAACCUGUUGCGAUCUACAGUCCGGUCAGGGUUUUGACCGACUCAACUGGUCAUAAAUGAGGCCUGGUAGUUAAAGUCAACAACCCAGUGGACUUCAGGAGUGUGAUUUGAAGAACUGAUUGGAUGAUGAUGAAAAUAUAGAGUCUGGAGAAAUAUUGAUUCCUGAUGUCAGUCAAGAAGAAGGAAGGUGAUGAAAGAUCAUGAAGACAAACUUUUAUUUUCUUUAGAAUGAUGAAUCGUUCACAAUAACAGAAGGAAUGUGAAUUUGUUUCAAUCUCAUGUCGACUUCAAGAGGCCAUCCUGAUGUUGUUCAGAAAGAUUUUGAGGUAUAAAAUACAAUAUUUUGAUGUUAAAUGACAGCAAAAACCUUUAAGUUUCAGCUUCAUGAUCAGAUCAUCAGCAGAAGCUCCAAAGCUUUAACCGGACGAAGAGUUUGUGUUUUUGGUGAAAAACAGGGUUUAAUGUAAAAAAACACUCUCUAUGUGUUUGCAGGACCGUGAGAAGAUGAUAAAUGAAUCCAAAUGAAUGUAUUUAACAGAAUGUUAUUCACCCCAAUAUGAAUUACCUUUAUGUAUUAUGAAAUUAAAGACAUAGCAUAUCUAUUUACUCUGAAUAAAGCUUGAAGAGACGCAAAGACAAAAUGCAAGAUGCUGACACAGAUAGAAUGAUAUCUUUUUUUUUUAUCCCAUUUAAUUAUCCUUUAAUUUCCCCAUCUUGUUUUUGAAGUACAGCACCAAAAAACUGAGCCGUCGCUCUUUAUUUUUGGACCACCGAUUAGUCUGUGAUCGAGAGGCUGAAGAGGAACUCGAGCUUCUGUGAAUAAAGUAUUGCUUGAUCAUGUGUAAAGUAUACAUGGGGAAAAUUGUGUGUAAAUAAUGUAUCACAAAUAAAUAAUGAAAUCCAA